CGGCCGUCAGCGGGAGGAGCAAGAUGGCGGCGCGGCGGGGCGGCCUCCUCUGCCUGCCCCUCGCCCUGGCGCUGCUGGCGGGCAGCGGCAGCGCUCGGGGGGUCGGGCCGUUGCCCGUCGCCUCGUCCGAGGCCUUCGACUCCGUGCUGGGCAACACGGCGUCGUGUCACCGCGCCUGCCAGCUGACCUACUCCCUGCACACCUACCCCAAGGAGGAGGAGCUGUACGCGUGCCAGCGAGGCUGCAGGCUGUUUUCCAUUUGCCAGUUUGUGGACGAUGGCAUCGAUUUGAAUCGAACCAAAUUGGAAUGUGACUCCGCCUGCACUGAAGCAUACUCCCAAUCUGAUGAACAAUAUGCUUGCCAUCUUGGAUGCCAGAACCAGUUGCCAUUUGCUGAGUUAAGACAAGAGCAAUUAAUGUCCCUGAUGCCAAGAAUUCAUCUCCUCUUUCCUCUGACACUGGUGAGAUCAUUCUGGAGUGACAUGAUGGAUUCUGCUCAGAGCUUCAUAACAUCCUCAUGGACUUUCUACCUUCAAGCAGAUGAUGGCAAAAUUGUCAUAUUCCAGUCAAAGCCAGAAGUACAGUAUGUUCCACAGCUUGAUCAGGAAACUGGAGAUUCAAGAGGAUCCUUGUCACUGAGUAAAACAGCCUCAGACCUACGUCCAGGAAGUUCACAGACAUCCAGAGGACUUUUUGGAGGGCGAGAAAAUGACAGCUUUUUUAAGUGUCUUUCCAUAAAUUCCAGUUGGAUUUUAACUACUACACUCAUCCUGUCAGUAUUGGUGCUGCUUUGGAUUUGUUGCACAACUGUAGCUACAGCUGUAGAGCAGUAUGUUCCAUCUGAGAAGCUGAGCAUCUAUGGAGAUCUGGAAUACAUGAAUGAACAAAAACUGAACAGAUACCCAUCCUCUGCUCUUGUUGUGGUUAGAUGCAAGACUGAGGAACAUGAAGAAGCAGGACCUCUUCCUACAAAAGUCAAUCUGGCUCAAUCAGCAAUUUAAAUAAGUCUCCUUUGGAUCCAAUAGACUGAUUCUAGCAACUCCUGAUUUUAUUUUUUUUUUUGUGGUGGUUCUUCAGAUAAGCAGCUUAGCAGUCAGUCUUUAAAUGCAAAUAAAGUUACAGAAUCAACAAAGGUAAUGGGGGGGGGCUGUUGUUUUCAAUUAGUAGUGAAUUUAUAUUUGUUUCCAGACAUAAUCACUUCUCACCAAUGUUUAUGUGUCUUUUUGCUUACAGAAGCUGUAAGCAUGCUUUCCAUGCUUCCCCAGUGACACUUUCAAACUUGUUUGUGUGUUCUAGGAUGUAAUGUGUACAUUCAGAGGUAGCUUUGUAAAGGUGUAAGAACUUUUAAGUUGGCAGGAGAUGCCUUUUUAGUGUUGCACUUUCUGUUGUAGUUUAAGAGAAUAUAUUAUAAAAUUAUCUGUUGAAUUUUUCUACCUGCUAAUGUCCAUGCACAAACAACCCUGUCUCUAAAAAUAGAAAUAUAUUUUUUUCUACAGUGUGGCAGAGUCCAAGAUGGAAAAGCAUUUGUGAGGUACUGUAGGCUAGAGCUCAGUUUGUGAGAGAUGGAAACUGUUCAAAUUUACAGACCUGUGCCUUCAAACACAGAAUAGAGCACGGUCAAUUUUCUUGUCAAACUGCAGCCUUUAAGUCUGAAAUUGCUUGUAAAGUUAGCACCUGUGUUUUCUGAAGAAAUUCUGCUUUCUGUUCUUGAUCAACUAUUCUAGUCUUGUAACUUACAUUUACAGAAACGAGUUGAUUCAUGAGAAAUGAGAAGAGACAAAUAAAAUUGACUGUAUAAAAA